UAGUGUACAUCGUUUAGCAUUUUGGGGUCUGUUACUAGUACAGACAACAACUACCCACGGACAAUGAAGUCGCUGAUAUUUCUGCUUCUCGCAGUUCUCGCCAAAUUGGGGUCGUCCCUCGACGUAACUGUGGCACGAUCCUACGCAGUUCGUCAAUACACUUUGUUGUCCCAACAGUUAUCGAAUGACGACCCCUCCUCCGGUUUCAUCACGACGGCGAACCCUUUAAACGCAUACUGGGAUAAGAACGACGUGACUCGAUGGACCGUCGGAUUUUAUGGGGGCAGUCUCUGGACUCUGUACAAACUGACGAGGGACAAUUAUUGGCGAAAUUUGGCACUAGAAUUUCAAGAGCGAGUGAAAGAGCGACAAUACGAUACAAACACGCAUGACGUUGGGUUCGUAAUUAUGUCAACGUUUGGAUUGUGUCUGGAAUAUACGACGGGGAAUGAAAAUAUAGCUGUGCCAGUUAUUACUCAAGCAGCGGCUUCUUUAGCGUCGAGAUUUUACCCUUUGGCACGCGUCCUUCGCUCCUGGAACAAUGACGAGGGACAUGGCGGCGUUCCUGGAGAGGUAAAAGUGAUCGCAGACAACAUGAUGAACCUGGAAUUGCUUUUUAAAGCCGCUGAACUGACGGGUGACCGGAUUUUUAGCGAUAUUGCCGUCUCACAUGCCAAUCGGACAAUUGAAGAGCAUUUCCGGCCGGAUGGGGGCACUUUUCAUGUCGUGGCGUACAAUGAGACGACUGGGAAUGUUCAGCGGAAAUAUAAUUGGCAAGGACUACGAGAUAAUUCGACCUGGGCGAGAGGUAUUUCGUGGGUAAUUCAUGGCUAUAUCACCAGUUAUCAGAAAUCCAAUGGGACUUUUCCCAGAUUUUUAGAAUAUGCUGAAAUCGCUGCCAACUAUUUCAUCACGAGACUUCCCCCAGACUUCGUGCCGUACUGGGAUUUUGAUGCCGACUUUGAAACCACUUAUCAACCCAGGGACACUUCCGCAGCCGCCAUUGCAGCGCACGGUCUCCUCACGUUGUACACCGUUACAGGAAAUCAGACGUAUUUCGACACAGCGGAAAAAAUUAUGGAAAACCUUAUCUCGGAAAAAUACCGCUCGGAUGGAAAACCAGAAUAUAAAGUUUCCAGCAUUUUCGUGAAUGGAACCGUCUUUUACCACGAGAGGAAUACAAAUACAGCAAUUGUUUAUGGAGACUUUUACUUUUUACAAGCCCUCGAUUUGUAUAUUGAACUAACCCAAUAAAUUAAAAAACACAGUUGCAAAAUAUAA